CCUCCCAAACGGUUUCCAGAGAUGGAUUAUCUUACUUUCUUCUUCGCUCUUCUUCACAUAUACAGAGCACUAUGUGAAGAGAUGGUUUGGGACGCGACUGUUAAACUUGCUGAGAAUAUGAGUCUGGAGUGUAUAUAUUCAUCACUGGACACCUUAGUUCAGCUGGAAUGGCACAAGAUCACUACGACCAACAGAGAGCUCAUGGCCAUUUUCAGCCCUGCUUACGGUUUGAGUGUAAAGCCACCCUAUACUGAUAGGGUUUACUUUUUAAAUUCCACCAUGGCGCCUAAUGAUAUGACCCUGUCCUUUCAUAACGUCUCUGAGGCCGAUGUUGGCUUCUAUUCCUGCUUUCUACACACUUUCCCACAAGGACAUUGGGAGAAGGUGAUCCAGGUGGUUGCCUCAGAUAGCUUUGAGAUCGCCGUGCCAUCAAAGAAGCACAUUGUCUCAGAACCUGGGAAAAAUGUCACACUCACCUGUCAGCUUCCACAGAAGGGGCCGAUACAGCACGUUACAUGGGAAAAGAUCCAGCCCCAUCAGAUUGAUCUCUUGACUAGCUGCAACUUGUCUCAAGGGAAAGGUUAUGCUUCAAAGUACCAAAGACAGAUACUGAGCAACUGUAGUCAGGGCAUGACAAGCUCCUUCAUCGUCAUGCCCCACGUCAUGGCCUCUGACUCAGGACUCUACCGCUGCUGCUUCAAGGCCAGCAGAGGGGACAAUGGAACCUUGGAAACAAUCGCAAUGAGGUUGACUGUAACCGAUGGUAAAACUGAUAACCAAUACACUCUCUUUGUGGCCGGAGGGGCAGUUUUAUUGUUGCUGUUUGUUGUUCUAAUUACCACGGUCACUGUCAUUUCUUAUAAGAGGAGAAGGAGUCAGAAGAAACUAUUUAAAGACUCCUGUGAUGCACAGAAUAAGGCAGCCAACAACUACAGAAAUCCCGACUCUACCAACCAGUCAUCGGAUGGCGCAAGAGAGGAUAUUUAUGUCAACUACCCAGCCUUCUCUCAGAGGCCAAAGACCAGAGUCUGAGCAUUUUCCUUGAGCUGAGCAGAUUUAUGAUGACUAUUUUGUAUUAUUUUUUUCCCACUACUCGGUGCCUACCCUGGAUACUAGUUGGCUACAUUUAUUUAAUUUGGUAGGAAAAAUACCUUAUAACCUGAAGAACAUUCUUAA